AUGUCCGACCCAACCAAGAGGAAAGUUUCGAGCUCUGGAGGCGAUAGGUCUCACCCGGCUAAGCGAAGCAAAGGUGCCCGGGGGACCGGCUCAUGGCAGACCCCUCAUCAGAAGGCCAAAGUUGCCAAUCUUCAAGACAGAGAUGCAUCACUGGAGAUUGGGGACAAGGGUAUUUGGGUCACUUUUGCCAGGGGCAUGGAUGGGAAAGCCAUCAGCGAGUUUAACUUGUUGUGCGAAGAGUAUGGCAAAAUACUCUAUGGGCUUGUGCCGCCUGGGGAGAACGUCGAGUCGGACGAUGAUGUCGAGGACAUUGAAGAGUCUAUCAAGAAAGAGCUUGACGGUAUGAACUCAGCAAGUAAAACCAAGGCAAAGCGGAGUUUCAAGGUCAUUCGAGCCGGUAUCGAGUGUGUCUUCUUCAUGAAGACGAGGGAUCCUAUUAACCCAGUGGAGCUUUGUCGUCGUAUCUGUCAAGAUGCUAGCACCUGCUCGGACAUGAAGGAGCGCAAGACUAAGUAUAUCAACAGGUUGACACCUGUGAGUGCUUUGGAUAAGGCCUCGGAGAACGGUGUGGUGAGGGUGGCCAGAAAGGCGCUUGCGCCGUGGUUCAGUCUUGUAGCCGAUGGCGAUACUGGGGUUGGGGAGGUGCCUGUCGGAGACGGGGGACCAACGGUUCCCCAAAACGAUGCGGAACAGGAAAGCAAGCCAGAAUAUACGUACGCCAUCAGGCCUUCCAUCCGCAGCAACAGCUCUAUUGAGCGCGACAGUCUUAUCAAGCAGGUAGCCUCUGUCGUCAACACACGGCACAAGGUUAAUCUCAACAGCCCUGAUAAAGUGAUCCUUGUGGAUGUAUUUCAGAGCUACUGCAGCAUAGGUGUCAUCGAAGGUAGUGAUUGGGAUGGCCUGAAAAAGCUCAACAUCAACGAGUUGUAUAAAGCAUCACCUGGUGCGAGGUCUACCAAACCAGAUGCCAAAGCAGCGGAAGUACAAACAGCGUGA